AUGGCUCAAGCGUUCCCCCCUAAGGGCGAAGACUUUUACAUAAAGUCUGCUACUUCCCCUUCGGGUACUUCCACGUCUUCCUCUCCACAAAAUUUAGUGGUCGAUGUUGAACGUGGUUUUUUCAUGACUUGGGGUGCAAUUAAAGAUGGAUCAAAAGUUGUGGUUGCUCCACAAAAAAGCGCCACAGAACAUGAUGCUUGUCAACUUUGGCAUUAUGACGACGGUUGGUUGAUUAAUAAACAAACAACCUUAUGUCUGGAAGCUGAAAAUGAGAAAGCAGGACAACGUCUCAGCCUUUAUCACAGGAAAAGUGGAGGUCAAGCCAAAAACCAGAGGUGGAUUCUUACCAAGGAAGGGCGUAUUGCAUUACAACAUCAACCAAAAUUUGUUCUUGAAGUUAAAGAAAAAAACAAACAUGUCGAACUGGCCGAUAUUGGUUCCGCCAUUGGUGUGAUUAGAUUAGAAUUGGUAGAAGCUAAAGGCCUAAAAAGUGUCGAUUCUUUCCUCGCUGGUGGCAAAUCCGACCCGUAUGUUCGAGCAUUUUGUGCGGGUAAUACUAAGGACAUUAUCGCUCAAACAAAAGUCAUUGACAACAACCUGAAUCCAGUGUGGAACGAAGUUCACUAUCUUCCUGUUAAAGGUCUUGGUGAAAAGUUCAUGUUGGAGGUGAUGGAUUUUAACACUUUUACAAGAGAUAAACCACUUGGAAGUUGUAAUCUUGAAGUUACUCGUGAACUUGCCAAAGAACUUCCUGAUGGUACUUUUGAAGGCACUCCAAACGGUAUCGAUGUCUGGGUAAAACUUACUACACAAGGACAGAUUCAUUACAGAGCUAAAUUCUUCCCCUUGGAACCUCUUCCAAAACCUACUCCUGAUUUCCUUGCUAAUCUUAAGGAGAAACCUUUUGAUCGUUCAACAUUUUACAACCUUAUCACCUUACAAGCUCCAAAUGGUGGUUUCCCUCCUUCUGAUAAAUUAGCCAAUCUAUUCGGUUUUGAAUCUCAGGAACAACUUUUAGAAUUAUAUAAACGUCAAUGCCGUGAAGAUC